UAUUAAAAAAGAGAAUAUGGCAUUUUUAGAUUAUUUGCAGUUGAUUGCAUUCUUCGGUUCUGUUAUAUUUACGGUUCUGUUGUUAUCGCUUGCAAUUAUACAAAAGUCUGUGACAACACCAUUGCCUGUGAUCAAACGACACAAACAAGAAAAAACCUUUUUGGAUCCAAACAAAUUGAAGACGAUUGAAUUCCCUAGCAUAGAUGAUGAACCCAGUGUGGAUUUAAGUGUCAUUGUACCGGCCUACAAUGAGGAGGAGCGAAUGCCUUCUAUGUUGGACGAAUGUCUGGAGUAUUUGGAAAAUAAAUCCAAGUCUGGCAAUUUCACCUAUGAGGUGAUUGUAGUCAGUGAUGGUAGUUCUGAUGGCACGGUGGCACUUGCAUUGAAGUACUCGAAACGAUACACCGCCGAUAAGGUUCGUGUAUUGGAGCUGAUUGAAAAUCGUGGAAAAGGUGGUGCUGUACGAUUG